UCCCGCAGUAAUGAUAUUCACUGGGCUGCGGAACUGUACCGGACUCGGUAAUCGACUCACAGGGCUUUCCCACAACGAGCCUGCAGCCGGAGAGCAGACCGACUGUCUCCAUGGAAACGCGUCUUCCGGCCUAAAACCACAGUUGAAGGGGAUCACAGGUCAGCCUCACUUCAUCCUCUCCUCCCUUCGUCUUUCACAUCGAGACCUCGUUUCUUGCCACCUGCAGUUGUUUUGCUCGAGCUCUGGGGGGAAAAUGCUUCGUCUGAGCUGGAGGUAUAAAGGCUCGGUGUCCUGCCCUGCAGCUCUCUCCAGUGCAGCCCAGAGCACGGCCGCGGAGCUGGCAACGACUUCAAAGAUUCCCCACAGAGGAUCGGCUCCCCUGGCACCCAGAUGCAAUAAGGUGCUCCCUGCCCAGUACCAUAACAAGCUCAGAUCUGAGCAUGUGAGGGACGGAGUAUUAAAUGGAUCCACCCAGGGGGAAGCCAGCGAGCAAACACAAAGCCGAGACAUCCUGAAGAGCAAGGACAAGACCAAACACCUCUGCAGCAAAACAAACACAGAGGAGAUAACAGACUCUGAGCGUCCCUCCACCGCUGAGACUCUGGACGACUUCCUGGGAGGUGCCACCACAGUCCCAUAUCUGUCCACAGUCGAAACGCCCUCCAGUGAAUCUGAAGCGGAGGAGGCAGAUGAUGACUUACUGGACUCCUGGCGGGCGACAUGCAGGGAAUAUAAGGACGUUUCUCAGGCAACAUCAGCCCCUGCUGUCCUCUGCCACAGUCCUUUGAGCCUGGAGUCUCCCACUGCACAGUCGAGUACAUCAGCACUUUCCCAUGAAGCACCUGUGAACACUGAUGGAUGCAGUCUCCAGUUUGGAUUCAGCUCUCAGCGAACACAGCAUCAUCUCCAUGAGUUUCAAGGCAGCUGGCGAAUGUCCCUGAGGAGCCUGGUAUCUUCAACCACGACGAGAUUCCGUCAGGAGGACGCCGCCGCUCAGAUAGGAACCAGUACCACUCACACACAGCAGUCUGCUACUGAGGCCUGUGGUCCCAGUACAUCCAGACAGCUAGAUGAUCUGAGUGUGGAUGAUACCAGAUACAGUCAAGGAUGUCCAGCAGCCCAGGAAGGAGCCACUGCUGCCCAGAACACUGCAGAUAGCAGCGAACAGACUGCAUGCAGACGCAGAGAAAGGUCAUUAGUCAGGUCGUCCAGUGAGGAGGAUGAGGACCAGUGUCGGAUCUGUCACGGUACCGAGAGCCUGGAGACGAACCCGCUGAUAUCACCGUGUCUGUGUUCAGGAAGUCUGAGCUUCAUUCACCUCGAAUGCCUGAAGACAUGGAUCCAGACAAAAAUCGAGUCGGGGUCAGAGCUCUGUGUGGUCAAAAGGUGUGAAAUCUGUAUGGCGGGGCUAACACUGGACCUCGACACUUUUGACCUGGAGGAUUACUGCAGAAGACACAGAUGGCAACAGAUGCCCUUCAACCGACCUAUACCCAAUGCUGAAGAGUUGGCUGAAUGGUCGAUCUUGAGGUCCGUCCACAUCAGAGUUUUACUGCCAGCGCUGAUGUCAUUUUACAGCCCAUACCCCAGGGUUCAGGUGGGGCGAGUACAUGAGGCCUUAGCAAGGAGACUCAGAGAUCUCAGGAGCCCCUCACCUGAAGCACCAGAGUCACCAGAGUCCCAGGAGUCCCAGGAGUCCCAGGAGUCCCAGGGGUCCCGAGGGACACUUGAUGACACAUGAUGACACUUGAUGAUCCUCAGCUGUGUUUUUAACAUUUGGGCUCAUGUACAACUAAACACGAGUAUCAAAAUAAACCAGAACGCUCUGAAUUUAAGUGA